UGCCAAAGAGGUUGCCAACCAGUCAGCCAAGACAACAACAGGCAACAACACAAGACAAGCAAGCAAAGAGCAGCAUGGCAGAUGAGGCAGGCGAUGCGGUGAUGGAGGAGACAGUGCAGGAGACGACAAAAGGUGUAGAGGCAGAGCAGGACCCCACAGAAGAGAGCGGAGAGCAAGAGCAAACACAGCAGCAGGAGGGCCAAGAGCAGCAGGAAGAGGCCAAGCCAACCGAUGACACAACAACGGAGGCAGAGGCAGGCGAUGAAGCAUCCAACAACGAAGACAAGCAGGAGUCAGACCAAGCGCCCGGCAGUGCAGCAAACACAACUGGCUCUGAAGAUGAUGUACAGGCCGAUGAAGACACAGCAGUUGAGGCAGCAGGCGACGCUAGUGCAGUCGUUGAGCCCCCUCACACAGCAUCCCAGGAGGAAGGAGAAGCAAAGGAAGAAGAGCAGCAAGAGCAGCAGCCAGAGGAGGAGCAGCAGCAAGAAGACGCUGACGAAGACGCUGAAGAAGAGGGGGUGAGCAAUCUGGCAAGCGCACAGACAGAGGACGCUGCCAAGGAUGGAGAGGAUGCGGCAGGCGGGCGAACAUCGUCAAGCACGGACCCCAUCGACGCGCAGCCCAUCACCUCUGCGUCACUCCUGGAUAGCGAAUCACAGUAUCAAACAUCGGAAAUGGGCACCGACCCCAUCCAGUCUCUUGAUGGCCGGGAAGCAUCUGCCAGCGUGGGCAGCUACGACCGCCUCAAGGACCUGCAUGCAGGACACAAGCGCUACAAAGUCCCACGGCAUCCACUUGACCUCAACUGGGCCUUUGGCUUCAACACCUCCAACCCCACCGUGCAUCUCAUUGAAGAUGGCACCCGCUCCGAUGUUGUGUUCUGCUCGGGCCAUGCAGCCGUUGUGCUGCACAAAUCUGCCGGCGACCAAUCUAUUCUCCUCGGGCACAGAUUCGCAAUCACAACGUCGUGCGCAAGUGGGGACGGCAAGUGGCUUGCGACAGCUGAUGCCGGCGAUGACGCAACGCUCAUCGUCUGGGACACGGCAACCAAUCUCCCCAUUCGCACCUACUUCAAGGACCAGAUUGGACUUGGUGUGCAGGCGGCGUGUUUUUCGCACGACGCCUUGUUGCUCAUCGUCGUCAUCACCAAAGAGGACGGAAGCCAACAAGCGCGUGUGUUCGAGUGGACGAAUCCCGACGCAACUGCGCCGGUGGCCAGUGCUGAUCUGGAUGCUCUGUCCACUCCCAUCGUCUCCGUCACCGCACAUCCAACCGCAGCCAACCGGGCCGUCGCAAACACCACAAACGAGGCGUUGUUCCUGUCGUGGGCAUCAGACGAGCUGGAGGUGCAGACAAUUGCAAACGAAUCCAAAGCGCGGCUCACCGCAUCGGCCUUCCUUCCCGACGAGCUGACGGCAGUGUCGGGCAACGUCGCCGGAGAAGUGAUUAUGUGGAGCCGCACUGCUGCCGACCAGCCGUACAGCCAACUCAAGAGGAUACAGGCCUCCCCUGCUGCCGUCAACACGCUCUGCCUCACCCCAGACAGCCGCUUCCUGGUGCUUGGGUGCGGGGACGGGUGUGUGCGCUGCUUCGACCACCAGUGCCGCGCGCUCGGGUGGAACGAGGAUCUGGAGUCUGGCGCCAUCACCGCCAUUGCAUUUGCAACCGCUGCUGCUGAUGAUGAUCUUGCCCACCUCUUCGCACACGACGACCACUCCCAGCCCACGCCAGAGACAUUCUCCCAGGCGCUGCCAAACUUCGUUGUGAGCACAUCCGAGGGCCUCAUUGUCAACAUCAUCACGGGCGCCGAGUUCAUGCCCACGGUUGUGUUGAAUUCCCACACCGCCGGCAUCACGGACAUUGCCGUGCACCCGUCCAGCGCGAUGAUGGUCUCGGCCAGCAGCAACGGCGCUCUGCAAAUCUGGAACUACGAGAAGGGCGAACACAUCCUUACCCGCACCAUCGCCAGCGUCACGCCAACCGCGCUGGCAUUCAGUCGAGACGGGCACACGCUGGCCAUCGGGUACGAGAACGGGGUGGUUGACUUUCGCGAUGCGAUGACGCUGGACCUGAUUACGGACAGCACCACCAUCCCCGCAGCAAACGCCGCUGUUCUCCAGGUCGCAUUUGCACACACAAACGAGUUUGCAGCCGCCGCUUUCGCCGAUUCCGCAGUCGGCCUCUUCAAGAUUGAGCCUGCGGACUUUGAGAGCCCGUGGGAACUUGUUGGGCGGAGCAAAGCGCAUGUGGGGGGCGUGACGCAGGUCUUCUUUGAGGAAUCUGAGGACUCGAAACACAGGUGCUGUCUGUUCUCCAUCGGCAAGGAUGGAAUGAUGGUGUCGUAUGAUCUCGACAGCACAUUCGACACUCAACUGCAGAUCCACGAGCCCAGGCUGCGCCUCGCUCAAGGGACGUAUCCGCUGGCGAUGACGGAUUACACGAGCAAGCACGAUGAGGAGUUUAGGAUCACGGCGAAUGCAGACUACAAGCUGAAGCUGUACAACAAGAGCACGAACAUGUGUCGUGCGACGCUGCUUGGUCCCAUUUACGGCGAUCCCGUGCGUCACCUCGUGCAAGUGCCCAAGCACCCCGACCACCUCAACCACCAGAUUAUUGCGUUUGCAAACUCAGACAAAGUUGGUCUGUGUCUGGCGCCUGUGGACGGCAACCCGCACCGCUACAUCGCCAUCCUCGCCCACCCAGACGAGAUCACGUGCUUGCGUGUGUCGCAUGACGGCAAAUUCCUUUUCACAGCCGGCGCCAAUGCAGGAUCCGUGCAUAUGUGGCAGCUGAACCCUGCUGUGCUGGCGGCGACGGUGCAGACGCGCCCGCAGGGGAUGGAUGCGCUGUACGAGCUGGUGGAGGGCGGACGUGAUGGCGAUCUCAUCAACGACAUGAAGGAGUACUUCUACUACGCCCAGAUCCGCAGACACGGCAUCACCUCCAUGGCCCCUCUCCAGGCGUCGGAUACGCUGCCGCUGGAAGACGUCCCAGAUGUGCUGCGCGCUGUAGGAUUCUUCCCAACGGAGCACCAGAUUGCGGAGAUGAACAACGAGAUCAAGUUCAAGGACUACUUCACGACGCGGGAGUACAAGACGACUGUGGACCUUGACGACCUGGUGACGCUCCUUGUGAACCAUCGCCCUGCACUUGGCCUCGCCCCCUCGGACCUGCACGAGGCGUUUGCAGCGCUGGUGGCUGAGGGCGACGGCUCGCUCGACUCGGCCGCGUUCUACGAGCUGCUGCAGGAGGUUGGCGACCGCAUGACGGAGGAUGAGCUGGCGCGGUGCCUGGCGUCGCUCCUGGGGGACUCGCGCUUUGACGAGGCCUUGCCGCCACGCAUUGACGCAGACGUCUUUGCCGAGGAAAUUGUGGGCUUUGAGGUGUGACACUUUGUGCGUGUCUGUGUUGCGUGCGUGAUGUGAUGUGACUUGGCGUGUACGUGCGUGGUGUUGCUUGCUUGUGUUUGCGUGCGUGGUGUUGCUUGCUUGUG